GCAGUUUGAGACACUCACUUAACAGUCACACACACCCUCGCUGAACCCAGAAAAGCACACUCCUCAACUCCACCGGUGGGGGGGAACAUAGAUAGCAGAUGAGAUUUGUUUCCAAACGCGCACCGAUGGCGGUGUGAGGCGUUUGGCUGAGAAGGGAAAUUAACAAAGCUAUGGAUUACUCAUUCUCUCUACUCUUACUCUUGACAACCAUCUCGUCUGUGUCGACUGGACAAUUCCCAACAGCGCAGAUGAUAAAGGAAUGGGUGGACCAGAUGCAGAAAGAUUUGAUCACACUAACAGAUACAUCCAGCGGCAUACAAAAUCUAAAGCAGAUAUAUCAUAGACACAGAACUCACUUCAGUGUGGAGUCCAACAAUGCAAGACAGCUGGUUGCAACGGCUGCUGGGAACAUAGAGAAGCUGCUAAAUAAUCGCUCCCAAGCCCUGAAGAGGCUGGCAGCAGAAGCAGAAAAGUUUCAAAAGGAUCACGAGUGGAGGGACGACAGCGAGAGUGACAAGAUCGUUUACUACAAUGCCAAAUAUGACCUAAAUCAAACGGAGAAGAACCGAUAUGUUCCAGAUGACUUUCACACAGAUCCCGACUUCAAACGCCCCGUCUCCUACAACACCACCGCCGUCCACAUCCCCACUGACAUAUACGAAGGCUCUACCAUCAUUUUGAAUGAGCUAAAUUGGACAGAAGCCUUGGAGGAUGUUUUCCGGAAAAACAAAGAGGAAGACCCCUCACUCCUCUGGCAGGUGUUUGGCUCUGCCACUGGAUUGGCUCGGUACUACCCAGCAUCUCCUUGGGUCAACAACAGCAAUUUACCCCACGAAGUUGAUCUCUACGACGUGCGCAGGCGACCAUGGUACAUUCAGGGGGCGGCGUCACCCAAGGACAUGCUGAUUCUGGUGGAUGCGAGUGGGAGUGUUUCAGGUCUCACCCUCAAACUCAUCAGAACAUCUGUCAGCAGGAUGCUGGAGACCCUCUCCGACGACGACUAUGUGAACGUGGUUUAUUUCAACGACAAGGCCACGUACGCGGCGUGUUUUCAGAACCUGGUGCAGGCCAACGUGAGGAACAAGAAGAUUCUGAAAGAUGCUGUGCAGAACAUCACAGCUAAGGGUAUCACCAACUACACAGGUGGCUUUGAGCUCGCCUUUGAGCAGCUUGCUCAGAUGAAUGUGUCCAGGGCCAACUGUAACAAGAUCAUAAUGCUCUUUACUGACGGAGGAGAGGAGAGAGCAGAGGAGAUCUUUCAGAAAUACAACCCAAAGCAGGCGGUUCGCAUCUUUACAUUUUCAGUAGGUCAGCACAACUACGACAAAGGACCAAUACAGUGGAUGGCCUGCGCUAAUAAAGGUUACUACUAUGAGAUCCCAUCGAUAGGUGCCAUUAGGAUAAACACUCAGGAGUACUUGGAUGUUUUGGGCAGACCGAUGGUUAAAGCUGACAGAAAGGCCAAACAGGUUCAGUGGACCAAUGUCUACCUGGACGCUCUGAAGCUCGGCCUGGUGAUCACUGGAACUCUGCCUGUCUUCAAUAAGACCAACACAGGCUCCAAGAAGUCUCAAAACCAGCUCAUCUUGGGGGUUAUGGCUAUUGAUGUUUCCCUGGAAGAUAUCAAGAGACUGACGCCUCGGUUUACUUUUGGACCCAAUGGCUACUAUUUUGCCAUUGAUCCCAACGGAUAUGUGUUACUUCACCCUAAUCUUCAGCCACCGACUGCCAAGUUUCAUGAACCUGUAACACUGGACUUCCUGGAUGCGGAGCUGGAGAAUGAGAUCAAAGUGGAGAUAAGAAAAAAUAUGAUCGAUGGUCGAAGAGGGAAUUACACUAUAUCGACACUAGUGAAAUCUCAAGAUGAGCGCUACAUUGACCAAGGCCAGAGGACGUACACCUAUGCACCAGUGAAGGGAACCGACUACAGCCUGGCCCUGGUGCUUCCUGAGUACAGUAUGCAUUACAUCCGUGCCACAAUCGGCGACACAAUCACCCAGGCUAAGUUUUCUGAAAGCCUGAUGGCAGACAAGUUUGAUGAAUAUGGCUACACGUUCAUUGCACCGAGGGUGUACUGUAAGGACUUAAAACCACCUGACAAGAACACGAACAACACUGAGUUCCUCAUGGAGUUUAACAACUACAUCGACACCAAGACUCCAAACAACCCCAUGUGUAAUGUGGAGCUGGUCAACCGGUUGCUCCUGGAUGCCGGCAUCACCUCGGAUCUCAUCAAGUUUUGGAAAGAAAACGAGUUGCAACAUGGUGUCCUGGCCAGAUUUGUUGCCACCGAUGGAGGGAUUACACGGGUCUACCCCAAAAGUGCUGGAUUUUACUGGAAAGAAGAUGCAGAGACGUACGAGUCCAGUUUCUAUAAGCGCAGUUUGGACAAUGAUCUGUACAUCUUCACUCCAACACCCUACCUUGCCAAAGAGAAUGCCACAAGUGACGACUCGGUCCUCGUGAGUAAAGCCGUAAACCUCAAGAUUGAUGAUAUCGUACUGAAACCAGCUGUGGUCGGCGUGAAGUUGGACAUCAGUGCGUGGAUGGCGAGCUUCAUCAACACAACAUACAGGACGAAUUGCAAUGAUGAGAUCUGCGGCUGUCAGAGAAACAAUGAGUACGUAGACUGUGUCAUUCUGGAUGAUGGCGGCUUCCUGGUGAUGUCCAAUCGAGAGGAAUAUAUAAGUCAGAUUGGGCGUUUCUUCGGUGUAAUCGAUCCCAUCCUCAUGAAAAACCUGGUCAACUCGUCCCUGUUCACCUCUAAGAGCACCUACGACUACCAGUCGCUGUGUGACCCCGAGAAAGAGAGCAAGGCGGCUGCAGGCCUGCGAUCCGUCUACGUGCCCACAAUAGCAGAUAUUUUGAAUCUAGGAUGGUGGGCAACAGCUGCAACCUGGUCAAUACUGCAACAGUUGCUGGUCAGCAUCACGUUCCCCAGUUACAUGGAUGCAGCUGAAAUGGACGAUGAAGUAUCCGAUGCCAUGCGGCAGGAGGUCUGCAUCACAGAGCAAACUCAAUACUUCUUUGAGACCGACAACCUGUCUUUUAGAGGCUCGGUCGACUGUGAAAACUGCUCCAGGCUCUACCAUGCUGAAAAGCUGCCCAAGACAAACCUGGUCUUUAUCAUCACUGAUGCAAAAGGCACCUGCACGUCAUGUGACACGAAGCCGUUAAUACAGGACGAGCAGCAAUCUAAUGGGCCUAAUCCCUGUGAAAUGGCUCUGAACCCUCGCUACAGGAAAGGGCCUGCAGUUUGUUUCGAUAACAAUGAACACGAGGAGGACCCUGACUGUGGCGGGGUGUCAGGCCUGAGUCCUUCCCUGUGGCUAAUGGUGGCCCUCCAGCUGCUGCUGCUCUGGGUUGUGACCGACUCCAGACACCACGCCAUCCCAUCAUGACGUCUGAACAACCCCCAAUCACACCCUCCAUCGCCCUCCCUCCGUAUCUCCAACAUGGCAACCAGCAUGCAGCGCUGCCACCGAAAUGAGGAACGCCCGACGAGAAGCGCUUGUAACAAACUCAAAAAAAACCUGUGAGCCCCACAUUCUGCCAGUUUCUUCCUUCGACACCUUUAUUUUCAGGGGGUUCUCAAAGUGAUUUCACCAGGGUACAAGUGACGAAAGAAAUGUAUAUCAGAAGAUAAUGAUUUGAAUGAUAAGAAAAGACCUCGACCUAUCCCUUUCAAUGGUCCCCGCCAGCUGAGAUUACAGGAAUCCGGAGAUUCAUUUUGAUUGGCGACUUCUGAACUUCAUCUGGCUGGAUGUCAAUGAUGACAGAGAUUGGACUGCCUUAUAGUGUCAGAGGAAUUUAAAUCACGAUGGGGGGGACUUGCUGUUUAUUCAAGAUGUUGAGCAGUUUUAUUCACCACUGCCAGAAGCAGCGCUGCCCUUUGCAAAAACUUUACUUUGAAUCGAUUUGCAGUGGUUAGUUAUUAGGUAUUUAUUGUUUUUCUGGUUGAGAAUUUGGCUUAGAUUUCAGUAAGAGAUGCCAAAUUGUUGCAUCACGAGCUCUUGCCCUUCGUUUGCCUCAGCUGGGUUGCUGAUAAUAAUGUUGUCUCAGUCUUGAUUUUUUCAAUAACACCACCCAGAACAUUUUCACAGUGUCUCUGAGGGCAUCGCCUUCACUUCGCUCCGCCGUUCUUUCGUGUAGAUACUGUAUUUGCAGUGUGGAAAUCAUGUUCAUUGUUAUGUUUAUGCACAAACGCCAACCCUUCUACUGCCACAGAGCGCUUGUUUCUGAGUGUACAGAUUUUAACUUUGUAGCUGAUCAUCUAACUAUCCACCCCGAUCGGAAACGAUAAACGUAUCUCGAUUUUCUGCCCUGAUGUCGGAUCGCUACGGUGAAAAAUUUGCUGCCAUAGCAGGCAUUGACCAAUCAGGACAAGCCUGGCUGGUGUCCUCUGCGUGCUCAUUGGACGAAAUCUCUAGUGCCAUGUGGACUGUGUGACUCAGAUGAACCCUUUUUAGACUGUGGUUGCUGAAUGGAAAGAAGUGUAGUAUUUAAUUAUUUUACUAUUUAUUGGUUAUUUGAAUGAAGUGUCAGGACAGCGUUUUACUGUUUGUUUUAUCGCCACCAUGAAAGAAGCUAAACAAGGGAUUGUAGGAGAAUUUGUACUUGACAGGUCGGUCUAAAAAAGGGAAAACAGUACAUGUGUAAUCACUGCUGUCACUUUUUAAAUUAAAUGACUACUAUCUGCACUGCAUUUCAAAGUGCAGCUAUUAUUUGUCUUUACAGUUUGGUCUCCUCGCUGAAGAACUGCCUCUGUCUCUGCAUAGAAGUUGAUUUGCAGUUUAUUUACUGUGAUAUCACCUAGUGGAAACCACUAUAGAACUGCAGUCAGUCCAUGCUUAUGAUCCUUUUGACUCCAUAUAUCCUAUUCUGCAAUAUAAGUUUCCUUUUGUGUGCCUUCUUCUCACAUUAGUUACAAAACUUAACAAAAUCAUGGAGAAAAUGUGCUAUUACAGUAAAUGGCUUUAAUGGAAUAGUGUCAGUUAAAUAGAUUUACCUUUUUUUAAAAAAAAAAAAAAUGCACUAAUCAGUCAAAUCUGCCAAAAUAAUAAUAAGGAACUAAAACUGGACCAAAACUGGAUUCAUAAAGCAGCUAAAAGUUGAAGGAAUUAAUGGAUUUCAAGAUGUUUUGAAGAUGCAACAUGUGGAAACAGAUUUGCUGAGUUUUUAUGGUUAAUUUAUGUAUUUACACAGCCUUGAGGAUUAGUGGAAUAUAAUGACUCUGAUUAUCAUUUGAAAAUGUCAUUUUCACUUAAAACCAGCUGCACUUGACGCAUUUUGAUCAUUAUUUCUGGCAUUCAGAACUAACAAUCACAGGUUAAAAUCACUCAUACAGUCUUCUCUGUGUGAAACUCUAUCAGUUUACUCACAAAGGAGAGAUGUGCCAGAGCUGCAAUCAUUGUGUAACUUGAUAUCUUUAGGGAUGAAUACCGCGGUUUUACCAACUAAUUACACCCCCCCAGAAACCACCAAAUAUCCUUCCAGUUCACAGUUCCACUUGAAAAAGUUCCUACAUGUCGAGCAUUGGCAUCAAAUGUUCCAUUUCAUUUGAAAAUUCAACGCUUAUCUGUGUUUGGCAUUCAAAACAUCAACAGGGAAUGAAAUCUGAGGACGCUAGUUACACCACUAAAACAAAACCAGGGAGGGCAAGUUUGUAAUCUAUAAACACUCACGGAUGUUUGCAGGAAGUUACUUAAUACUGUGGGGAAGUGAAAACCACAUAAUGAGGCUAUGUGCAUCACGUUACCACUAACAUUUGCUUCGCCCUCUUUAGAUUUCUUGUUUUAGCUAAAUAAUUACAUUACGCUAAAUAAUGUCAGUUUUUAUAUAAUGAGCAUUCUUCCAUGUCAAAUCGAGGUUUUCUAGCUGCAGGCGUCUUUUGUGGCAAAGCUUCAACCACUUUCAUUAAAUCCUCAUCAGUAAUUUUCCAACUAGUCUGAGGUGCACUCUUUACUCUGUGUUUUCCUCUAUCUUUAACUAUAACCUUUCAACAAAAACAAUGUGGUGAAACUAACAUGGUAUUUAUGCUCCUCUUUUACUAACUCUCAAGAAUAUCAAGUGCCAUAUACAUUAGGACUCCUAUUCUCUUGUGGAGAAACCUAUUAUCGUAAUAUAACAUUUAUGCAAUGUUACCAAGGCAAGAUGUAAGUCUCAAAAAUUGUUUCCCUGUGCUGCAUGGUAAUGGCUGAUAAUCUUUCUUAACAAAACUAUCCGGUGUGCUCCUGCUUUAGUGUGUAAUGUUGGGAAGCAUAAUAUCCUGAGUGUCAGGCAUGUGUUCGUGAUAUAAUAAGGUGUGAUCAGCUAAUACUGCCGUUCUCUUGGGGAGACAGCAUUUGGCUCUGUCCUGAGUCGGCUCGGGAAGGCGAACCUGAUUGGCCAGCGUAUGUUUGAAAGCACUCCUGUCAGUCUGACCGGUUCAAGCCAUGUGUGAUUCACUACAAUUUAAAGAACCAUACCAGCUAUUUGGCUCAAUGACUACAAAUCAUGAAUCGUUUAGAUUGCUGACAACUACUUUGCAAACCAUAGUGUAGUGUUUGAGAAACGUUUAGCAAUGACCACCACUUUGGGCCUGACAGAAAUGUCAGCUUUUGGAUGGUUUGUCAUUAAUAGUACAGAAAUUGCACCGAACAUGAUUCCCAAAGGUGUUUUUGAUCCCUUGAUUUUUUAAAUUUCUUUAGUCUUUAUGAGUUUGAUGUUCCCUUUACCUUGUCUUUUGUGCUACCAAUAGGUCAUGGGGUUUUACACUGGUCUGUAUACCAACAUGGACAAACCCUACAUGACGUCAUGCACAGCUUUCCUGAAUAGUGGUUCUUUCUCUUACUGUGCUCACUGUUUUGCUAUUGGAGUCACCUAGCGUAACCAACGACUAAAGCUCUAAUGACACCACGUCUGCCCUUGACAGACAGAUCGACCUCAGGGCUUCACUCCAAGAAGAGAUUGUUGACCGUGGUGGUAUGAGACCAUCAGUCAACUAUCCCUCCUGAUUCAUUCUUGCUUUCUUCACAGGAGGAACUACAUUACUUCUGCAAGGCAUCCAGGCCACCUUGGUUAGCUGCUCAACAGCUGUCAGGCAUUCCAUGCAGUAGCAUAUCGCCAAAUGUAGUUACGGCCACAAUCUGGUUUGUGCGUUACACGUUCGUAGAUACAUAAGCUGUUUCUGUCCAGCUGUUGACAGUUAGGUAGCUGACAUUUGUGUAACUCGGGCUAAUGUGUCAAGGUGAGCCUCAUUGGUGUGUAGCUAGCAUUAGCCUGUCAGCAGCCACUGCUAAGGUCACAACUUACAUUUAUUAGCCUCAAGCCAACCGGAGCCAGGUGGAAAUGACGAUGCUGAGUCCUCAGUCAUGCCCCAGAUGAGCUUUUUAACCAAAUUGAGAGAGAGUACUGGGGAAAGGAUAUGGUUGACGAUGCUAACUCUGACAUGGAGAAAGAGUUGGAUGACUCCAUCUUCACAGACAACUGUUAUCAACAGAAAAUGUGUUAUGUAACGUAACCCAGCAUUUUGACUCAGUGUUGUGACUCUUGCAGUCGCCAUCUUGGCAGUGCCUGAGUCCACCUCGCUCUCAGCUACUCCAAAAAUGAGUGAAGGGGUGGAGCAUUAUUGAACUGAGGUGGGCCAUGCAAACAUGGACUGUCAUUUGAUGGCAUGCAUCUGUCAGUCAAAGCGUCCUCGCCCUUAAUGAUGCAUAAUUUUUAGCCCUAAUACAAUUUAAAUAGAUGAGUUAAAAAGGAAUUCUCCCUCCGUGCCAUUGUCAUGAACUGGUAAAUUAACUGUAGAAGCCAAAACUAAAUUUUGCACCAGGCUGUAAUCAUGUAUAUUUCUGCUGUAAAUUUGGUCAAUUUAACAUGGGGGUCUCUGGGAAUGGACUCACUUUUUGAUUCAGCCACGAGUGGCCAUUUGAGGAACUGCACUUUUUGGCACUUCCACCCAUUUUUCAGCCCUGCUGACUGCUGAUUGGUUUUAGCCACUAGCUUGAAUGACACGGAAUUAGGUGUGCAUGUUUACGUCGCUUUCGGUAGGAAUUGAAAUAUCUUUUGUAAUUCUCUGACUUUUCUUCUGGCACAAUCAUCUGAAAAAAAUGCUACUUUUUUUCCAAUCAGAAAAUGCUAACUCACUAAACAACAGUGGUGCUCAUGAUAAACAUGAUACCUGGUAACAUCAGCCAGUUGCCAUUGUCAUUGUGAAUAUGUUACAUGCUGACAUUAGCAGUUAGCUCAAAAGAUCACUGUGCAUAGUACUGUUUCUUAGAGCAGCUAGUGUGGUUGCAGACACUAGUCUUGCUCCUCUUCCAGGAAGCCAUUAAUUUUCAUUCAUUUGUGUACAGUCUGAUAAUUAAAUGGUAACAGUAAUCCAUCCCAGUAAACCUCAAAUUAGGUGUUAAUUUAGUUGUAAUUGAUGUUUGAUAACUGAUAAGUUGUAUUGUCACUGAGAGAUGUCACCACAGAGUUACCACACAGUAAAUUAAUGCAGAUUUGAUGUGGUGCAUCCCAUAGCUCAAGCAGAUUUGAGGAGUCUUCUGAUUAAAUUUUAUCCUGUAUGAACAUGAGUGGACACUCGUGGAACUGAAACAGAAAAAAAAAUACAUCCAAAUAUCAAAUAAUGGGACUUUUUUGGCAGUAAUUUUAGUUAAGUGUACAUGAAGUGUAGUUAUUACGGCCUAAAUGCUGGUAUGGUCAUUCAAGUCCUUUUGGGCAGAGGAGUACACUGUAAAGAUGAAAUGAGUGAAAACACAGACCACCUAAAAUGCUCCAAGAGGAUCCUUUUGGAAACGCACAGAAAAACACUGGAGAUUGAACUUGAGCUCCAUAGUUAUUCAGAUGUUCCACCCUACUCUUUAAGUGCUAAAAUCAGAUGCUGUCACCUCAGGAAUAAUAUAGUCUCGAUGUGAUAUGAAGUGUUUUUGAUUCUGUUGGUGCUCUCCGUAUGGAUCGUGUGGGUUGGCCUUUUUAUUUCAGGAAUCUUGAGGACUGCUUAAUGUGUGUGUGUGUGUGUGUGUGUGUGUGUGUGUGUGUGUGUGUGUGUGUGUGUGUGUGUGUGUGUGUGUGUGUGUGUGUGUGUGUCGGUUUCUUUUUUUGUGUGUCUGUUACCUUGCUGCCACUCUUUGGCAGGUGAUUGACAGAGUAUCAAAUCUUGCUCUACCUUCGGUUUUACAGCAGGCUUUUUGAUGGAGGCAUCCACCAAGUCACACCUCAGCAGCUUUGGGAGGGUCUUGGUGGACCUCGCUGUCAGUCUCCCUCGAUUGUGCUUUAACAUGUUACACUUUAGUGGAACUUGAUUCUCCAGAAUCAGUCCUGUAAAAAAUUGUACAAAAACCACUGUUGUUCUCAACAAAAAGAAAAAAGAACAAUGUUUAUAAUCCUGGGGAGGAAAAAAGUGUUUAUUCAUGUGCAAAUAAGGUAUAUUCAGAAUAAAAAUUUAUGAUUACUA